UGCUAGUUUUUACUACAAUGUUUACAUUUGGAAGAAGAGUGAAUGGGAGGAGAGCUUGCAAAUUUGAUGACUGAAUGUGAUUUGUUAUAUGUUUUAGUGGCAUGAGGAAGAUUUGAACGACAUGCCGAGGGAAGUGAAUGAGAGGUAGUGAUAGACUCAGAUGCUCAACUUUAAGAAGAAUAGAAUUCACAAUGGUGCAACUGUUGAAAACUAAUACAGCAUGGAUGACAACAGUUAUUACUUUCUUCUUUCUUUGGUGCCCAGUCUUCUCCACUGUAGAAGAUGGAAUUGUAUUUGUGGUUGUGAAUCAGAAAACAGUACAACAUGUUGAAGAGGCAAGGCUGUUGGCAGAGGACAUUGCUAAGCAGCUCAGAGAAGUUAACCAGAAAGGUGCAGUCCAUGUAGCUACAGACGACUGGGAGGAUGAAGCUGUCUGGACCUAUUACCCACUUUUAGAGGAAUUAAGCAGAAGACAUGGCAAGAACAGUUCCUGGUGUGUGUUUCUCGAUGAAACAUCCUUGCUCAAUCUCCGAGAACUUCUUUCUGCCCUUCAGAAAUAUCCGAAAGACAAGCAAUUGUUCCUAGGUCGUGCUGUGUGGGACCGCCAAGACACGAUCAUCCACCACUUUGACUCGGUGGACCGUAAGAAACCCUUCCUCUACCCAGACACAAGGGCUGGGAUGGCCCUGUCCACCCCACUUAUCAAGAGACUGACAAGGAGAUGGCUAGAUGCAACAACGAGACCCAAGAUUGAUUUUACUAUCGAUGCUCAGUAUGAGUUCGCUCGCUUUGUAGAGUCAGCAGGGAUAAAGCUCACCAAUGAGCGUACUUUCUGCGUGGAAGCUGAAACGGAAACCUGUGCUGUCACCUUCCAACCUCAUAAAACCUGUUUAUUGAACCAGGAUGGGGAGCUGAAGACGGAGGAAAUCCACGUGGCAGUGAAGACAUGCUCACACUUCCACGAUGAGCGACUUCCUGUCAUCAAAGACACUUGGCUUCCUGAUGCUCCCAACCAUGCACUUUACAGUGACAGAGAAGAUCCAGAGUGGGGCACAGUUUCAGUUGGCGUCCCCAACACAGAAAGGGGGCACUGUGGGAAAACUCUUGCCAUCAUACGCCAUGUGGAUGAUCUUGAUACAUCUAUGAAGUGGCUUGCAAUUGUUGAUGAUGACACUCUUAUCAGCAUUCCUCGUCUAAAGUCGCUGCUCGCCUGUUAUGAUUCUGACGAAAUGAUAGCUAUUGGAGAGCGUUAUGGCUACAUGGCAGUCAAAAGACAUGGUUACGACUACGUCACUGGAGGGGGCGGGAUGAUCUUCAGUCGUGCACUGGUGGAAGAACUUGCUGACCCUGAUGUAUGCAGCUGUCCAACCAUAGACACUCCAGACGAUAUGUUCCUUGGGGUAUGUCUGGCACGUCUCUCGGUACCAGUCACACAUGCAGAGGGAUUCCAUCAGAGCCGCCCCAUGGAUUACCCCCCAGAGCUGCUUCAGCCAGAACCUCUCAUCUCAUUCCACAAACACUGGAUGAUUGACCCUCGCAAAAUCUAUGCCCAAUGGCUUGAUGACAACCCGAAAGGUAUGGAAGGGCAGCAGCGGAGGGAGCCAUCGACAGCAAAAGGCCACAGUGAAUUGUAGGCUCUGAAUUGGUGUUUAGGAAAUUUGCUUGUACAAGAGUAGCAGCUUUGAGAACAUUGGAGGAAGGACAUCCAUGGCUAUUGAGGUUAUUUAAUUUUCUGUAUUUGUGUCAGGUUUUUGUAGGUGUUAGAGUCAUCAAGACAAUCAUGCUUUAGGAUAAAAUUAUAUAUUUUAUAUUUAUUUGUUGCUGGUUAUAUAUAUUGCUGUUAGGAUCAUCAUUAUUUUUUUUUGUUUUUAUUUUAAUGUGAAUUGUGAGGAUCUUGUGGAUAAUCACAUCCCAGUGAAUAUUUUUGUAUCUUUGAUAUCAGAUCCUACAAUAAGGAAAGAGAAAUGGAAAAGGUUGUACAAUGCCACAAUAACUGUGCCUUUCUGUGUGCAUAGACCACUGUGAUAUAAUCUUUAUCUCUUGUAGUUAAAGAUGGACCAAUGAAAGCAAACACUGCCCAUUUUACGUGAAGUGAAGAUCACUGCUUAGGGUUGGCUUCUUAUGGGAUAUCAUUUACACAGUGUGAUGUUCUUUAAGGAAUAGGACAUAUCAUGGAAGAUCAUGUGCCUGAAAACAAAUGAUUAAUGAUUUUUGUAAAUCGAUGCAUAUCCUUUAUUCAGUAGAUUGCAUUUUUUUUUACAAUUAAAUGCUGAAUAUAUAUAGUGCUGAAACUAGUGAACAAUAUUUUUGAGAACUGAUUAAGAGCUGUAAAGCAAUUUUUGUUUUUAUCAUUAAAAGUAUUGAUCAUAAUAAGUGUUCAAAGUGUGACAUUUUAGAAAUGCUGACUAAAAGAAAGAGUAUCAUCACAUUAAAGAAAAACCGGAUUUAUGAUAGAAAUUAAGGAGGGUUGCAAGAAAUUGAGUUGAGACGAAAUAUUACAAUGUACUAAUUUACUAGAAGUGAUUUAGCAUUAUGGAACCAGUGAAUGCAAAAACAGUGAACAUUAUUUCAAGUGGUUCUUUCAGUAUUAAAAGAUAGUCACAUAUACAGAUAGACACUGUUUAGUAUAUUAAAAGCAGCAAAUGCAUUUACAUAUGCAAUGCACUGACCAAAAUGUAAAAUACACAUAUCAUUUUUAUAGAUGUCUUUAGAGCACAGAGUGAGAGAAUUUGUAAUACACUUGUGCAUCCAACAGUGUGAUGCUACAAAUAGAACUAGUACAAAAAGACAUUCACAGUAGUUGACUUGUGUUUGCUUUUGUUAUCUAUAUGGUUCUGUUUUGUGCAGUUAGAGAUGUUGCAUUUUGCAGAAUCGGUAUUGUGUAUUGUAAUUGGAUACGUGACAUUUUUCGAUAGCAUUGAAGGAUGAUAAAAUAAAGGAAAAUAUAUGCGGAUAGGUUUAGUUACCAGUUAUGAUCAGAAUCUCUUUGUAAUAUAGAUUUCAAUACUCACAAAUUAUCAUAUGUAUUUUUUUCCUGUGUAUAUCUUUUUUCUUUUCUUCUUGUAAUAUAAUAUCAAAUAUUCACACUGUAGAUAUGUGCUCAUGGUGCAAUUUAGAUACUUUGAACGGAAAUAUUUUUUUACUGUAACAGUUUAUUUGUAGGUUAUUGAGCAGUACGGCAAAUACAGUGCUCAAGCUGUAUAGCCUUUGGAUUUAUACUUAAUUACUGUAUCAUAUUUGUGUUGAUUAAUGUAGAUAAAGUUGUUAUAUUAUGUCAGUUCUUUCUCAUAUAUUAUCAUAUCAAUUUUUAUUUGAAACUAUCUUGAUGCAGCAUAUCAUCUGAAUUAAAUUGAUAAAUGUGAAU